UUGGACUAUAAUAAUGAUGGAUAAAAUGUAUUCUUUAUUAGAAUUCCGCCCUUCAAGAAUUAAUCCAAAUAAUUGGUUAUUAAAUGAAUUGAUUUUAAAAGAUUUCCAAAUUGAAGAAGAUGAAGAAGUUUUCAUUGAAAAGACAAAUGGUGAAAAUUUUGUUUUAAAUCAUGGUUAUAAUAAUAACCAUCAAGAGGAUUAUUCAAUCUUUGGAAAUUUAAUAUUUGUUAAAAUGGUUCAUCUUUCUUAUCAUAUAAAUGAUGUUUUAAAUGAUGUUUUCAAUUUGAAAAGUUUAAAAUUUGAUGAUUUUGAUACAAUUUUAAUAAAAUCUUCAAGAUUAUUAAUUAACCUAGAUGAAUGGUUUGAAAAUUUACCUUUACAAUUGAAAAAUUCUACAAUUUUAAAUAAUCAAAUAACUUCAGCUCCAUUAAUUUUACUUUUCUAUACUGUGAAAUUUUUAAUCUAUAGAAGAUUAAUUAAUCAUUUUAUUGAAACUUCAACAUCAAAUGAACAACAUUAUGAAAAAUUUAAACCAAUUUUCAAAAAAUUAUUUUUGGAAAUUUCAAAAUUUAAUGAAAAUUUCAUUAACAAUUUAUCAAUUCAACAUUUUACAAAUUGUUUUUGGUAUUCAAAUACAACAAAAUCUUUCAUCACAGUGGCAAUUGUUAACCUAUUAUUAAUUAAAACAACAAGAGAUGAAAUAUAUUUGGAUGAUGAAUAUGAUGAAGAUGUGCUAAUCAAACAAUAUCAUGAUUAUA